AUGCUUCUCUCACGUAGUGCUUCAAUUGGGAGGGUCCGAAUCCUGGAAUAUGUACGCUCUAAGUCCUCUUUCGCUACCGCAUUGGAGACGGCUGCUAGGUUGGUUACCCCAAAAGUAUUGUUGAAUAAUCCAGUUUCGUUGGUAUCAAAGGAGAUGAACACGUUGGCUAAAAACAUCGUGGCGUUGAUGGGCUCGGGGCAUCCAACAUUGAACAGAGUCACCGGGUAUUAUUUUGAAGCGGAGGGCAAGAAAGUCCGUCCCAUGCUAGUUCUACUACUUUCGAGAGCACUGGCUGAGAUCCCAAUCGAGGAAAGAAACAGGAUAACUGUUGACAACACUGAUGUGCCAGAAGACCCAGUAUACUCAAAGCCACCACAGUCUUUGCUAUUUCAGCACCCAGCAAAGAGCAUAUCACCACUCCAUAUUCUCCAUGGUAUAAAACCACUAAACCCACUGACGAAGGGCCCGGAGCCUUUACCUGAAGAUUUUGAUAGAGAAAGAGGGAUCUUGCCAAAACAGAGGCGACUCGCUGAAAUUGUUGAGAUGAUUCAUACCGCUUCGUUAUUACAUGACGAUGUCAUAGACCAUUCAGACACGAGGAGAGGUCGCGCAAGCGGUAACGUUGCUUUUACAAACAAGAUGGCAGUUCUGGCAGGUGACUUUUUGUUAGGAAGAGCGACAGUAUCGAUUUCAAGGCUCCGCAAUCCAGAAGUUGUUGAAUUGAUAUCUAAUAGUAUUGCAAACUUAGUUGAGGGUGAGUUUAUGCAAUUGAAGAAUACUGCAGUUGAUAGCGAUCUCACAACGGUCGCUAAUGGUACACAAAAAAUACCGCCUCCAUCUCCAAAGCUAACAAACCCUACCCAUGACUACCGUGUACCAGUUGAGCGAGGCGCGGUGUUCUCGCAAGAAAUUGUUAUUGACACUGCAUUCGAUUAUUAUCUGCACAAAACUUAUCUUAAGACUGCUUCGCUGAUCUCCAAGUCUUGCCGUGCUGCAGCAAUUUUAUCGGGUGCUCAGGAAACAGUGGUUGAUGAAUGCUAUAACUUUGGCAAAAACCUCGGAAUUUGUUUCCAGUUAGUUGAUGAUAUGUUGGAUUUCACGAUAUCUGCUAAGGAGUUAGGAAAACCUGCAGGCGCAGACCUCCAGCUUGGAAUUGCGACCGCUCCAGUUUUGUAUGCUUGGAAAGAGGAUCAUUCUUUGGGUCCUCUAAUUCAGCGUAAUUUCUCGUUACCAGGGGAUGUUGAGCGUACGGCUGAGGCUGUUGCCAAAUACGAAGGAGUUAAGAAAACUCGCGAACUCGCUUAUGAAUAUAGAGAUCGUGCAUUGGCUAAUUUGCGCGCUGCCCUGCCUGAAUCGGACGCUCGGUCUGCCCUUGAAUUUUUGACUAACAGCAUUUUAACAAGGAGAAAGUGA